GGUCGAGUUAAGCAUCCCUUGCUCUUCGUCGUCGUCGUCCUCCUCCUCCCUUUCUGUCCAGCUUCUGCAUCCUACCAUAUGACAUGAGAAACCCUGUAGCUUGUACGCCCAUGCAGACAUUCACAAGCAUGCCGUGAGCCCGUGAAUGCACUAGCUGCUACCUGAAUUUCAUCUCCUUGUAAUCUUCCCCUCACCUCAUCUCGGCGCUCAAGAAAGGUGGGUCCUAGGACCUAGGCAGCUAGGCAGCAUGGCGAUGACGUCGAGCAAGGGCGUGAGGAAGAAGAGCCUGAUUUCACGAACCGUGGAGCGGUGCAGGUCCGGGCUGAGCCGGAUCGGCGCCGCCGCCGGCAGGGCGGCGCCGGUGGCGGGGUGCUUCCCGGUCCACGUGGGGCCCGAGCGGGCGCGCUUCAUGGUGCGCGCCGAGUUCGCCUCCCACCUGCUCUUCCGCCGCCUCCUCGACGACGCCGAGCGCGAGUACGGGCACGCGGCGCGGGGCCCGCUCGCGCUGCCCUGCGACGUCGACGCGUUCCUCGACGUCCUCUGCCACAUGGAGCACGGCGGCGGCGGCGGCGAAGAUGACGAUGGCGGCGAGAUCACCCCACCAGAGGCCGUGUCGUCGUCGCCGAUCUGCGGGCUACGGAGCUGCGGCAGCCGGGGACGCGCUGCGGGUUACCGAAUCAUGAACCCGAGGUCGUCUCCGGUGGUCGCUAGGCGGUGGCCUGAAGGUGAGCGCAAAGCAUCUAGGCACGCGCGCACCCGAUCGCUUUGUUAGUUACUACACUUAGCACAUGGUCUUUUAUGAAUGCUAUAGUCAUGAUUCACACGAGUAACCUGCAGAACAGGAAAUCGUAGUGAGCAACUAUCAUCAUCAUCAUCAUCGUCGAACCAUCUGCAACUAAUCUGUAGUAACCCAUUCAGUUAGAACGUUACUGUUUUACACAGUUCAUGUGUGAGUAUUCUUGUGUGUAAUAGAGGGACAAAUAUAUGAUGCAUAUAAUUGGUGCCUAUAUAUGUACAAAAGCAUGUACUGUGUGUCUCUGUGUA